AAGAAAAUCAAGCAAAUGUUCAGGUGACAGCUGAAACUCUGCCAAAGCUCACUGAAGAAGUACAAGGUAUGAAGGCUGAUGGGACUAGGACAGUUAGUAAAGCAGGAUACAGGAAUGACAGAGUGAGUGAAGGUCUUCCACCUGAGAGCAAUGAAUGCCCAGAUGUAGACACAGUCAUGGCCAGAGCUGGGAUGUCGGAAACCAGCAUGUUAGAUUUUUUAGAGCCUUUAAAAGUCAUGGAUGUUGAAUCAGCCACAGAGCAUCCACAAGAAACAAAUGAGUAUAAUGGGUUGAAAGUCCAUACUGUCAUCCCAUUGAGAACAGGGGUUAAUGUUGAAUCUAUUUUGGAGACAAGAGAAGAAAAUUUACCCAGACAAAAUCCUGUUAAUGAAUUCAGUACAUCACUUGCUGAUUUCCAGACUUACCAGCAGAAUGAAGAAAACCUUACUCAUGACUUCUGUACUAGUCCUGUACCUAAACAUAAUGAACCUCAUAGGUUAUCAGUAGAAAGCUGUAGAACAGUCUCCACAAAAAGUUCUGAAGUUUUGUGUUCAGUCCUGGAAAGCAUCUGUUAUCUGGACUUUAUAAAUAUGCCAUUAGAAAACAAUAGUAGGGCAGUCUAUGGAAUUACCAGUGAAACCCCUCAAAUGUAUCUUCCCGUAACCAUCGAAAGUUGGACUCAUGAUGAUCGUGGAACUGAGUUUGUAGAAAACCUAACCUCCACAUCCAUAGAAGUAGAGCAGAUCUCAGCGGUAAGGAGCGAAGGAUUAUCUAGUGCUAAAAUUGGUCCUAAGGAAGUAAGUGCUAGUAUGGGUAAAUCAUACAGCUCUGAAUUUGAAGAGGCUGCUGAAGUCCGGAGGAAAAUCACUGUGGGCGAUAACGUUGAAGUUGCUACCUGCUCUGAAGCUCAAGAGGGUGCUUAUUCUGAGCAUUGUCAUUCUUCAGUUUUGAGUUCUGUUGCUUCAUCUCCUGAGGAGUUCUCAAAAGAAGAAAUUAAAAUGGUCCCAUCGGAAGGUGAUAAGCUGAAAGAGGACCAGUGGCAAUUCUCUAUCAGUGAUCUAUGCAAGGAUGAUAUGAAAGAAAACAGUUUGUUGAUGGAAACGAGCAACUUUGGUUCUCAUGAAAUUGGACAAACAGGUGUAUGCUUUUAUAAUACCUUCAGUACAGUUUUUCCUCCAAGUAGCUAUAGCUGUGUGGAUCUUCAUACCAAGCUAGAAAAAUAUUCACCUGAGGCACAACCGCUUGAAAAGCAAUCUGAGAAUGAUACAACAUUAGAUGAGUUGGCUGGCAGUUUAGCUGAAGCAACAGAAGCUAACAGUAAUUACAGUUUGUCCACUAGCAAAGAAACUAAUUUGAUUUAUACACUAAAUGUAACUCUACCUCCUGUUGCACAAAAAUCAAGAGAACCUGAUUGUAAUGUCUAUCUUCCUUGCACUGCUAAUGAAGUUUCAAGUGGGGACAAGACUCGGGAUAAUCUAUCUGGAGAAAAAUCAGUUAUUGAUUCUGGGACAAGAGGGGAACAAGUGGCUGAAAUUUUGCCUUAUAAAGACAAACUGAAGUCUUCAGUAAGUUCCAGGACUUUGGAUAACCCUAAUAUGACAAGAAAAAAUUCCCAAAACAACAUGAAGUCUUCAAGAGGAAAUGUAGAGAAUGUGGUCACUGGUUUAGAAAAUGAACAUAGUGAUGCAUGGAAUUGUAAUAAUCAGAGUAUGGAAGACCACUGUACAGCUGCCAGCACUUCCUGUAUUUUAUCAGGGAGUACGUGUGUAGGUGAUGUUCUCCUGAACAGUCAUUCUUUUAACGUGAAUAUUGAUAAGAUUGAAGAAAAUGAAAAUUUGGAGGAAGACACUUCAGCUGGAUAUAAUAGUAAAACGGCAGUAGUAUUUCCAGAAGCACAGUUCCCUUUGGCAUGUGGAUUUCUUCCUUGUGAAGAUGGCUGGGGCAACAGAGGUGUAGAUCUGCAUGGGAUAAAUGACAUUUCCACAGCAAAAAACAUGUUUUGCUCAGCUUACACUGCAGAGAAGUCUACUGCUACCUUGGUAAGAGAUGAGAUUUCAAAUAAGAAUAUGGAGGUUGUGAAACGAUUUGAUCUUAGUAAAGUAACAGAAAGCAGCAAAAUUGUUUGUAGCAACGAUGAGAUAAGAGAACAAAUCGGCUUGUAUGCUCUCCAGGCAGAUGAAUUUGGUAAAAUAAGAACUAUGGAUUCUUCAAAGGCUCCUGAAGGCACUCAGAUAAGUAAGACUAGUAAACAGCUAUUAACCAGAUAUUUGAAUGAAAAACCCUGCAUUCACAGUUCUGGAUUUUGCAACUCUCCAUUAGACCCAAAGAAGCGAGAACGAGGCACACGUGAGAAGGAAGAAGUGUCAUCGCUCACAGCUAAUCCCUCUGAGUGUAGUGCUUCAGGCUGUGAUACGUGUCCGAUACUCAGCAACAUGAAUAUUCAAACACAACAUGUUAGCCAAAGAGAAAAGACCCUUAAUCCCAGGGAAAAGCAGUGUCUUGCAUGUCAGAGUGAGUUUGAUGGGCCAGUUCCAGGCAGAAAGCGAUAUUUGGAAAGUUUAAACAGACAGCCAAACACUGACUUACAAACAAGGGCUACUACUUCCUUGGCAGAAACGAAAGUAGCAAUUGGCUUUAGUCAAAGUGAAGAGGUCCUGUUAAAAACAGGUGAUGACCUUUCUCUGUUAGCUCAUAUAUGUGCUAGCGAAGACCGUUUUCAAGGAACUCUAAAACAUAAUGAAGUGGAUUUGGAGACUCUGAAUGGUGUAAGAAAUGAGGACUCUUCAGGAUACGUGGGCAUCAUCAGUGAUAGAAUUGAAGAGAAGACAAUCAAACUGAAAGAACACAAGAAUGGAUGUGAAAGAGAAGAUGAGAGAACUGUUGAAGAAAGCUUUUCUGAUAGCAAAUCACAUUGCUCACACGUGUUAACUGUAAAAGACAUGGAUGUGGCCUUACCAAAAAGUACUCACUCUGGACAGGAGUUCAGGAACACACGUGUUGAACAGAAGGUGGGAAGAGAAGUAACCCUUAGAAAAAAGUUGCCCAAACAUUCUUUCCUUGAUGGAGAAGAUUGUCUACGGGCCUUGUUAGAACAUUCAGAAGAGCCUGGUAGCAAAAUAGUCCAUCUCAGCACUGAGACUUAUGGAAAGGUUUUGGAAGAAAUCCCAAUAUCUAACCUAAAUAAUCUUUCAGAAGAAGGUAAAAAUGAUACAAAGCUCACAGACUUAGCAGGUACCAGUCUGCUUUUAGAAACUGUGCGUGAUUGUCAAGCUGAAGAUGCGUCUGACACAGAAACGUCACCAGAUUUGCGGUGUAAUACAACACGCGUGUUUUAUCCGUGUAUGAGUGUACUAGCAAACAGUUGCAAAGAAUCCUACCCAAAUUCUGCAGUUUGCAGUGAAGUAUGUGUGCCUUACCAAUUAAAUGCACAAAGCAAAGAUAAUGUAAAGGAGACUGCAGAAGGCCAGGACACACAACCAACUCAUUCAGUUUGCAAAGGAAAUGAGGCUUUAGGUUUGGAGAGACUUGAUCAAAUAGAGAAAUGUCAGGUACUUAAACAAGAGAAGUAUAAGAAGAUGGAAAUGCAUCUGCCAGACAAGACACAACAAGAACAGAAGUCAGAGUAUCAAGAGAAAGCAAAAAUCACACUGCAACCAAGUGUGUUGCACAGUUCUGAACUCUUGCACAGCUCUUCAGCUGAGUUGGUGACAUUAAGAAACACAACGUUCGAAGGUCCUUCAGAAGAUAAUUUUGCUGUCAGAAGCAGUGAAAAUAAACUAUGUAGCACUUUACAAGAAGUCAAAAGGCCAAAGAUUACCACAAAUACUAUUAGUUCACAGGCUUUGAAGACUCAGGAUUCAGAAAUGGAAAACCUAAACCUUAAUUUAAGGUCUGAUGGAAUCUCUGGUGCCUUUGGGACUACAGAUGAACUAAGAGAACCUCUUCCAUUAAAAAGACAGCCUGGAAGGACAUGCAAAAAAGUUCCCACAUCGUAUCAGCUAAAAACUGUAAGAAAAAGCAAAAAAAAUAAAAAUUCACCUUCUUGUGAGGUUCCCCCAGAAAUAUUCCCUAAGCAGGAAAACAUACUUCUCAAAUCUUUAUACUUUCCAUGUAAACCACCGACAGUGGAAACGGAAACAGCCAUGAGAUUUGUGCACAUGCCACGGCAGAGGGCCAAGAGGUGCAGUUUGUUGAACAGCUUGAAAUGUAGAAAAUGUACCAAAGAACCAGCAUUGUUGAGCAAGCUGUCUGUAAUGGCUAGCAAACUCCUGGCACCUGCCAAAAGCAUCCGUAGCUUAGAACCUCUGCCAUAUUCUUCUGAAAUUCUUCCAAUGGGUGAGAGGUACAGCCAGCGCAGAUCUAAAAAUCUAUUGGAAGCCUUUUCUUGCAUUAACAGGAGCUUACACUCACGCUGGGCUGACAGUUGGUGCACCAAGAUGUUCAGCUUUCGGCCUUUGGCACUUUAUCCUGUAGAAUCUACCAAAAUACUUACUUCAGACUUGAGCCACAAACCUCCAACCUCUUUCCUGGAUACCCCAGUUUUCCCAAUUUCUUUUCACAUAAAAUUGGACUCCAGUCCUGUGACAGACCUUAGAGGGAUUAUGUCCCAGCACUCUGUAUGUCACAGACCAGAUUUGGGAGAAAUGCCAGCACCACCUUCGAAGUGGACUUUCUCUUUUCUCCUGUCUCAAAGCUGUUCAGAUACAACAGCUUUCAAGAAAGAUUCCAGUCUAAAUAAUGAACUGCAUUCCUCUCUCCCUGUAACAACCCCAAGGGCUGUUGCCCUUCAUCCUGACCGUGGAAGAAAUGCCAUAGCUGAAAGAAGAGGAGGUUGCUCCAUGCUUGGCCUUCACACAGUGUUAGCACUUUCUUCCCCUGGAUGUUACAGGAUUUGGACAAGAAGAAGAAACUUAACCAGUCACAUUCCUACCAUCCAGAGACUAUUUAUAUCACAAUUCACACAGGGUUUGAAAGGGGCAAGGCAUUCAACUUCUGUAUCAGAUGACUUCGUCUCUUCACUGCCGUACUCAUUGGGCAGGGCAUUAUCCAUAUGGAGUCAGCAUGGUCCUUCUGCCUGGCCCUCUGAAAUCACUCCUCUCCAUUCCAGUCACUGCACGUGGCAGCCAAGUGUGGGCAUCGAGAACAGCUGUGCCAUGUUGCCGCACUUACCUGUACAGAAUAUGGAAGCACUACAGACUGCAGGGCAUGAGAUUUGUCUGGAAACGUCAUUCCCUCUUCCAUUACCAAAGUCUUGCUCACUUCCAGAAUUAUUGCCAUCUACCCCCAGGCUUUCAGCAUCUGAGCUCCAGGUCCAUGCCCUUGAUGAAGCUGAUGCUUCUGUUCCGGCCUGUCUUAGUUCCCAAGAUGACACAGAACUGAAGAAAACUGAGCCAGAAAAGAGGCCAAAGAAAGUCUCACAGAUCCGAAUCAGGAAAACUGUUCCCAAGCCAGACCCCAACCUUACUCCAAUGGGACUACCCAAACCAAAAAGACUUAAGAAGAAAGAAUUUAGUUUAGAAGAAAUUUACACAAACAAGAACUAUAAGUCCCCUCCUCCAGCCAGGAGCUUGGAAACAAUCUUUGAAGAGCCCAAGGAGAAAAAUGGACACUUGAUCUCUGUCAGCCAGCAGAAGAGAAAGCGGAUUCUAGAGUUUCAGGAUUUUACUCUUCCCCGGAAAAGGAAGACGCGAGGCAAAAUCAAAGCAGUGGGUAGUUUCACCCGAGCAAAAAAAGCCGCACUACAGAGCGCAGAGUUAGAUGUUCUUCUGACUCAGAAGCUAACGGACCUUGAAGAAUUUUUUGCAAAGGAGGAUGAGCAGGAGCAGGCCUCUAGCAUCUGAGGGAGCCACUUAACUGAAAAUGGUCCAGUUGGCUCCUUCAGCGUUCUAGUCCUGUUGGGAGAGAUCUGCUGACUUCUGCAUACAUUACUCUGCCAGUCUAUUCUAAUAUCUGAUUAUUAGAUUUUGGCUGUGGCCCUCUUUAAGGUGCU